AGCUAUUCUAACCUAAAAUCCAUGAACUAUUUUCCUCUUAAUUUUAAAAAAUAACAGUCAACAAGAACAAAUAUAAUUGCUUCAAUGUGUUAUUAACCACAGGACAAUAAUUAUUGCAGUACUGUAAAAGCAAAAACAUUCGACUCAUCAAAAGCCAAAUCAAAUUUUGUCGCAAAAUUCAGUGAAACACACUCAAACAUGUCUUCGUCAGAUUCUGAGGACUCUUACAACUACGACCACUACCAUUUAGGAGUGUACGCAUACGAAGGACCACCACUGAUUAAAAAAAAGUCUCGUUUAAUUGCCGCCGUCGUCCAAAACCAAGCAGACAUCCUCAGAGACCUCCUCGAUUCUCCCAAGUGGUACAACGUUCGAGACGCUUUGGGUUACAAUUUGCUGCAAAUAGCAAUUCUUCGAGACAACAUCGAAGUCUUCGACUAUAUGUUAUCCAUACCGAAUUUUCCCCUCGAGUUUGUCAAUAAAGAAGGCCAAACAGCGUUGGUAGUUGCAUUAGAUGGUUUUGUCAACAACGAUGUAUGGAUGAGGGAGCAUUUUGCAUAUGAACUAAUCAAAAAAGGUGCCUGCAUUAAUAAAAUUUGUUUUAAUGAUAACACACCAUUGCACUGUGCGUUGGAGCGUUGUUAUUAUAAGGCGGCUAAGCUCCUUAUACAGCGGGGGGCUGACGUUAAUUUGAUCAACUGUGAUGAUUGUACUCCACUUGACCUAGCCUUAUUAAUGUCCAAUAAUAUAACUGAGAUUGUAACGAUUUUGUUAGUAUAUGGAGCACAACCAACGGUUUCCCAUUUUGAGCGAUCUGUUCUCUACAAUUCGUCUUUUGAAGUACCAGAAUGUCUGUUUCUGUACCUUUAUGAUCAGUAUUCAGACCUUGAGUUGCGCCUGGAUGUAUUAUUAAUACUUGCUGAGGCAAAAGCGCCACUGUUCUACCACAUUAUUGAAUGCCCUAUUAAAAUAACAAUCCAUUAUCAGUCCUUAGGUCUCUACUUUCGCUUAUUGAGUUCUAUGAGCAUGGAUUGUCUGCAUCUCGUCAUCCGAAAAUUUGGCCACUUCAUAAACAAAGCGUUUUCGAGUGGCAGAUUUUCAGGUACUGUGUACGUGUAUUAUCAUGAUAAGGCUAUUUGUUUAGAAAACUUAAACGUGAUGCUCAAAAGCGAAUUAAGACCAACUGUGAUUACUUUUAUUAAUAGUGUGAAUAGUAGCGAGAUAUUUCAGGAUUUGAUAGGGCUUGGUUGUGAUGAAAAAACCAUAACCGAACUGUACUGUUAUUUAUUAAGUUACGGUUUGAAUCUUGGGGAGUUAGAUUUGCAAAUUAUAUACAAAAAGUUUGGUUAUUGCGAAUUGUUUAAAAUUCUUCUGCACAUGGACGUGCAGAUGAGCAUUCGGUGGCGUUACACGAAAAAUGUGGUGCCUGUUUUCGUGUAUGAUAUUAACAUGAAUUUAGAACGCUUUUUCCAAGAUCAUACUAAUUAUUGUGUGAAUAGUAUUAAUGAAUUACGACGAUACUUCUCCCAUCCUAAAUUAAAUGAAAUUUGUUGUCACAACCAUGCGACGGGUGGUUAUUCAGCAGAACAAGAUUUUCAAAAAAUUCCCCGAUUAAUAGAACUAGCGCGAAAUAUUUUUAGGAAGUUUUUUAUAAAAAAGUUUAAGAUCAAAACGUGCACAGAGUUUUACUCGAGACUCAAUGGCCUGCCAAUUAGUAACAUACACAAAAAGAUUAUUACGUAUGAAACGACAUUAUAUUAAACAUAUUUAUUUGUAUGGUUAUAGUUUUUCUAUUUUUGUUACUACUUAGUAUUUUUUCUAUGUAAUUAAAACAAAUGCUGAAACUACAA